CCAAGUCGAGAUGAUGAGUGAAAUAGCAGCGGUGUUUGCUGAGGCGCAACGCAACGUUUACUCUCACAAAAAGCUGCAACAGAAACUUGUUCAUCUUAGUGCAAAAUUGUUUGCGAGCGACGAUGCAUUUUUCGACGCCGUUUUCUCUACCGUUCGUCACAUGCUGAUCGUUUGGGAGCGCGAAGCAGCUGUAGAUCGACUCGUAGACUUUACGGCCGGUCUAGCAGCUCAGUUUGUCGAUCCGUUCGAUGCUGUUUCGUUUUUUCUCAACAAAUUGUUGUGUUUGAGUGAAUGUGCCGAGAAGGCGGUAAGAUUUCGCUCGACACAACUGAUUGGUCGACUGUUGGAUGCCAUGGAUACGGACGGCCAGUUGGAUGACGAACUGUGGGAGCGACUGCAGUCGAGUUUGCUAGCGAGAGCGAAAGAUAAAAUGCAGGCAAUUAGAAGUGUUGCUGUGGCAGCGAUGGAAAGGCUACAGGAUCCGGCCAAUCCACAUUGUCCGAUUAUCGAGACGUACCUACGACUGGCAGAGACAGAUUCAAGUCCUGAUGUGAGAAAGUCAGUUCUUGAACACAUUGCUAUUCAGUCUAUAGUCACCAAGGAAUGUGUUAUUCUACGUACAAGAGACACAAGCGAGGUCGUCAGGAAAGUGGCCUUCAAAACGCUAGGAGAGCAGAUUACUGACAUCAAAUCGUACACGAUAUCCGAACGUAUUCAACUGUUGCAAGACGGUCUUUCGGAUCGCAGCGAAUCUGUUCGAAAAGCCUGUCACGAUUCUCUUCUCCACACAUGGAUGAAAAGCAUUCAGUACAACGUGUGUGAGCUGCUUGAUCGAUUGGACGUUGAGAAUUCAUCCGAUGUGUGUCAACUUGUCAUCAACGAAUACUUCAAGUCAUCGAAACUGGACUCACUUGUUGAUCAGUUUAUGCAACUGGGAAUGCUUGAGGAGAACGCGGACGUUUCGGGUUGUUGUAUUGUGUCGAAGGCGAGUGAGUUGACGAGUCCGUUGGUGAUGUAUUGGAGAUGCUUGUGUCAGUGUCUUACUCAAUCGAAAGAGCAGGAUCUGUUGGAUAGGAUACUACCAGAUGCAUCAGUUGUGUGUCGUUUUAUCAAGAGUUUUGUUGACGAACACUUAACAAGCGACGUGUUGCGAAUGCCGGAGUUGUCCUUGACCGUCGACUUCAUUCUGAAACAAAUGCUCGCUAUAACGUCAUUCUGCGAUCUCUCAGACGAAGUGGGACGGCGCUCGUUUAAUGCUUUAUUACGCUCUUUGCUAUUGAACGAGUCGUUGCCUCUCGGAGUGAUCGAGACAAUAGCCGAGCAGAUGUUGAAGUUAACCAACGAGAAGGAUUGUAUUGAAGAAAUGAUUAGCAUUAUCAGUGAAAUAGAAGCUCCACUAGAUGCCGAUUCACAUGACAGUCAGCAUAUUACUCUCAGCCAGAGUGUGGCACAUGAUGAUCCUCUCGUCAUGCUAAGAUGCCUCACCGUGUCGUGCGAAUUUCUCAAGAGAAUGCAGCUGUCAUUGCUCUCUCCCAGUCUACGAUCCUUACACGAUUUUCUGGUGUUACCUGCAGUACAGAAUGAAGACCCUGUUAUUCGAACUCAAGCCAUCACAGCUCUCGGUCUGUUAACCAUGUGUGAUGCAACGCUAGCCAAUCAACACGUCAUACUCUUUUUACAAGCUGCUCAACUGGAUGAUGAGUGUGUUCAAAUUGCUGCUCUCUGCGCUCUCUUUGAUCUCGUCUUAAUUUUUGGGUUUGAUUGUCUUUUGGAAUGUCGAAAGCAGGAGACAAAGAAAGAACACGAAGUAAUGAGUGAGAGCGAGACGAGUGCCAUUGGUGAGGCAACUGAAGAUGACAGUGGGGACGUUCGAGAAGAGGCGGAAGGGCAGAACACAGCCGAUGCUAUUCUUGCUAUUAUGUCAACACUACUUGACAACGACAGCUCGGAUGUACGUACUGUGUGUGCCGAGGGUGUUGCCAAGUUGUUACUGAAUGGUCGUCUGACAAGCAGGAAAUUGUUUUGUCAUCUCGUUCUACUUUGGUACAAUCCAACGAGUGAAGAUCUCACACGACUACGAGGCUGUCUCGGAACCUUCUUUCCCAUGUUCGCAUUUGCUUCAAGGGAGAAUCAAGAAUGUGUUGGCGAGGCUAUUGUUCCGGUGAUACGGACGCUGUUGGAGUGUCCUGCCACGUCUCCUCUCGUCACAGUUGAUGUCAAUAACGUCGCACAAUUCUUGACUCAGCUGACAAACCCGGACUAUCUAACAAACGGAAAAGAAGGAAACAAAGACGUAGCUGACGUUGGUGUUCACGGUGUGGUUGCUGUGAGUGUGUGUAGGGAGGCACUCGACUCAAGAAUCGAUGAGACAAAGUGUUGGUUGAAACUGUUGAACAUGCUGCAUAUUCCAACUACAGAGACGGAAACUGUUGACACGAUCCUGAGUCUCUGCCAUGAACUGAGGCAAUGUAUUGAUGACAAACAGACGAUACGGAUGUUGACCAAGUUUAUCUCUUCAAUCUCCGUUGCUAAUUCAGUUGAGAGUUCAGAAAGAGUCACCCAGUCUCCUACAAUUGUUCGUAUUGAAGAAAGUGAGAGUGAAGUUGAAAGGUCAGCAAUCGCCGAAAAACGUUCGAAAUCUCGAUCAUCAGUUGUGAGUGCAAAGAAGUCACCAGCCAAACAGUCUCAGCUUCAGUCGUUCUUCGAAUGUGAUGACGACGAUAACGACAUUGACUCGUGGGGAUCUUCAUCCGAAGAUCUGAAAACAUACUAGCAACUAGCUCGCGCGUACACCCAACGUCGGGAUUCCUCGGCACACCUAG